UGACAAACGAUGCGUCUAGUUUCGGUUUUGACAUAAUUGUGGAAAAACGUGGGCCAAGCAUGAAAUAAAAAUUACUGUUUUUCAGUUUUUAAAAGUGAAUUGUAACGUUUACCGUUUGGAAAUUAGUGUGUCUGCAAAGUAUUUGAGCUUCACCGCAACCAUGGCCGCAAAAAUUUGGGAAGUUUUAGUGUAUUUAGUUAAGGAAGAAAAUUUUUCAGUACCCAAAUACAAUAGAAAAGUGAAACUUAGGGCUGAUUAUGAUCCGCAAGGGAUAAGUAUAUCUAUUUUGGAAAUGGAUGAAACCACUGAACUGCUCGAGUUCCCCGUCGAUGACCGAACAGAAUGUUGUAAAGUUGGACAGAAGUCGUAUUUGUUUUCAAUCGACAAUGAAACUUUAUUAGUUAAGUUCAAUUACAAGGAGGAAGCUAGAGAUUUUUCAUUAGCAAUAACAAAGGUCAAGUCGGGUCGAGAUACAUCAGUUUUCUCAGUGAGAACAGAAGACUCCUCUGCUACACAAUAUUUUCAAUUCUAUGGUUAUUUAGCUCAACAACAAAACAUGUUACAAGAUUUUGUGAGGACUUAUACUUAUCAAAGAGCAAUACUGAGUAACCUAGAGGAUUUUAAAGACAAAGUAGUUUUAGAUGUAGGUGCGGGAUCCGGUAUUUUAUCUUUUUUUGCUGCUCAAGCAGGUGCUAAACGUAUUUAUGCAGUGGAAGCUUCGACUAUGGCCCACUACGCACAAAAACUAGUGGACAGCAAUAAUUAUUCGAAUUGCAUCAAGGUAUUACCUGGAAAGAUAGAAGAAGUAGAACUUCCUGAGAAAGUAGACAUUAUAAUAUCGGAACCGAUGGGCUAUAUGCUCUACAACGAACGUAUGUUAGAGUCCUACCUCAACGCCAAACGGUGGCUAGUUCCUGGGGGUAAAAUGUACCCUACCAGGGGUGAUUUGCACGUCGCCCCUUUUACCGAUGAUGCCCUGUACAUGGAACAAUACAGCAAAGCCAACUUUUGGUUUCAAACUUGCUUUCACAGUGUUAAUUUGUCGGCAAUACAGAAUUAUGCGAUUAAAGAAUAUUUCAGGCAACCCAUUGUGGACACCUUUGAUGUUAGAAUUUGUAUGAGUAAAAGCAUUAGGCAUGUUGUUGACUUUUUGGAAGCGGAUGAAACUGAUCUACAUACCAUUAAUAUACCUCUCGAGUUCCACAUCUUGGAGUCCGGAACUUGCCAUGGUCUAGCUUUUUGGUUUGAUGUGGCCUUUAUUGGGUCCCAACAAACUAUCUGGCUCAGUACUGCCCCCACGGAACCUCUUACACAUUGGUAUCAAGUAAGAUGUUUACUAGAGCAACCCUUGUUGUUGAAACAGGGUCAAGUAUUAACAGGUACAGUGCUACUAGUAGCAAACAAACGACAGAGUUAUGAUGUCACUAUGGAGCUGACUGUUGAAGGGACAUCGCAAACUUCCAAAAAUACUCUGGACCUGAAAAAUCCAUAUUUCAGGUAUACAGGGGCCCCUGUACAGCCCCCGCCAGGUGUUGCAAAUGUAUCCCCUAGUGAAACAUAUUGGACUCAGUUGGAUGCACAGGGUGUGCGAAACGCUGUAAAUAUGGUGAAUGGCAUGUCGGUGAACGGCUUGGGUGAAGUUUCAAUGGACACAACGCAGACAUUAAUUAACAAUAAUCUCAUGGCCAAUAAUCUAAUCGCCUUAGUGGAUCCAUCUCAACACAUAGGUGAGCCAGUUGCGCCUAAUAUUCAUCCGGGAUGCAUACCAAGUACAGGUAGAGGUCGCGUAGCAGCCAGUCCCACUUCGACUCACACCGCUCAGUUAAUAGGAGGUGCAAUUUCUCCUUCACUUUUCACGUCGGCUGCUGUUGCUCCUCAACAGCCCCUCGUAAUGGCUAAUUAUCCAGUGGCCCAAAAUCUGAUGAUUGGUGACUAUGUUAAGUCUGGAAACGGUAUCGUAUACCGACAGUAAGAGCAGUAUCAUAAUUGUUAGCCAACAGUAGUGUAUAAUGCUCAGAUCGUACACCACGUUUACCAGGUGGCUUCUCUUGGAAAAGGUAAGUAGUUUGCUUUUUGUCAAAAAAAGAGCAAAUUUCACCCCAUUUAGAGGUUGUAUUAUUCCGCGAUAAAAUGAAAUUAUCAGCUACUACAUCGAUAGAUCUGUCAAUCAGAAAAACGCUUUUUAGUUAAGGUAAUGAAUGAACUUUUUAGUUAAGGUAGUAACGUUGUUUUAAUUUAAGGUAGCAUAUCUAAGGGACUUCUCGCCUGCGUAACGCAGGUAUUUAAGUUUUAAUUUAGUUCGUUUUAUCGAAAUUGUCGGUAUUGCUAAUUUUCAUCAAAUUAUUCUAUUUAUUCUGAUAAGGUGACAAUAAAAGUGCGAUUUGUGUUAUCAGCAUAUUUCCAAAAUAUGUAUGAUUUAACAUGAUUUAACGAUCGACAAUUGCUGCCAAUAUUGUCUGUAAUAUAACUGUAUGAUUCAAAUAAAAUAAUCAAUAUCCUAAAUUUAUUAGUCAUCGAAAUCAGAAACAUUUUAUCCGGACUGAAUAGCGAAUCAUAUUAAUUUAAUUUAAGAAUUGCUUGACUACAUGCAUACAUACAUUAUGUUAACAUUUCUAAAACUCUAUUCUAACUAAUUCGUAUUCUCGAAAAAUUCUCCAAAUCAACUAUAUUUUCGCAUCGAUGUAAUAAUUAAUAUAUAAAAAGGAUAGAUAAUAGGUUAGUCGGAUAUUCUGAUUAUCCAAUAUAUUAUGUAAUGCACUUCUGGCCAGACUCUAUGAGGCAGGAAUUAAAUAGGAUGCUUGUCGAUAAAUUAAUUACAGAAUUUUACUGUACUGAAUUUUAAGUAGUUUUUCAUGUAUUUGAUUAAUAUGGCAUUUUUUAAUCUGCCAUUUUUUUUAAUACAAUUUACUUAAGAGUACAUUUUACUUCUCAUUAUAAAUUCGAAUUCGCUCUGCAAUAAAUCGCGUUUAUUGCAAUCAAACACGGUUAGUUGUAUCAAAACUAUUCAAGCGUUUUUGUAUAUUUCAGUUUGGACAAGCACCUGAAAAUAAUCUAUUUAAAAAAUAACAUUAUUAUUUAAAUAAUAGAAACUAAAUUAGAACAAGAUUAGUGUCACAUUUUACAAUAUCGCAGCAUAUGUCUCACUUCAUUAGAAUACUUCAUUAGAAGUCUAUUCGGCGGAAUUCAAAAAACCAAUUUUCUCAUAUUCAUUGUUGUUAUGUUCAGAAAAUUUAACAGAAAUUAACCCACCCCCAAAGAGCAGAUCUACAAAUGAUAUAUGUAAUUGUUAUUGGUUUACGACUGCUUUUUUUCAAGUAAGAUUAACAUACUUUUUUCAAAUGUGAAUUUCAGGAUAAUAGUUUCUGAAUUUUUGACUCCUAUCUUCUCAACUUAAGUCUUAUUAUUAAAAUCACCGCUUUCUUCAGAAAUAAUGAUUCAGAGAGUUCCAGUAUAACUGGUUUUAUUCGUAAGGAAAUACUGUUUUUUAGAACGAACGUCUUGCUUUUAAUUUUCAUAAUUAUUUGCAGUUAUCUUCAUUGCAAAGCUACAAGUAGUAGGUUUUUCCUUAUUUUUGUCUUCUUAUACAUAACUUAGGUUUGUACCAUUAUUAACUUAAUCACUUUUGUAUGCAAAGAACAUAAGUAAUACCUUAGAUGUAAGUAAAGUUAGUACAAAACCAUAAAAAACAUAGAUAUUUAUGCUUUGUACUCACGGCUGCACACUUCAGUAAAUCUAUUAGUCUGACUCCAUUCGCCCAAUAGAUAAUCUAUUACAGAAACUGCCCACAAAAUACUAUAGGACAAAAAGAAACGGACACGAUAAAUAUAAUUCGAUUUAAAUCUUACAUAGCUUGUUGUAGUUGUAAAUCGAUUUCGAUAAUUUUUUCAAGGUAUUGUAGGCGUUGUCACCUUAAUUAAUAUUAAUUUAAAAAGUUAACAAACGAUAUAAUUUACAUUUAUCGACAAACUGCAUCAUUGUGUUAUAAACAUCGUAAGUUCUUUCAUACUCGAUGUAUUGUCAUGAAUCAAAAAAUAAUAAUGUUAAGUAAACAUUCAUUUUGCAAGCUGUUCACAAAUUUAGGUAAAAAACAACUUUUGAUUUCACCCUCUAUAAUGACAAACCAAUCCAAAGUUUUGACAAAAUCCAUAUUGAUUAACGAUUGAAAUGAGAAUGUAUAGAUUACACCAAAAUAAUUAUCAAAAUCGAUGUAGAACUAAAAAAGCGUUGUAAGAUUUACAUUGAAUUAUAUUUAUCGUGUUCGGUUUUUUUUGCCGGGAAGUGUAAUGAAGCUAGAAUAGUGUUUUAGGAUGAUUUAGAAAUAUUUUCAGCAAAUAUUAAAUAAGGUCAAACAAUUCGAUGCGUAGAAAAAAUAUCAAAAAUAGCAAUAUUGUCAAAUUCAAUAUGAGCGCCAUUUUCACUUAGUACAACUCUUGCAAAUAGAGCAAGGUAAAAUAUAUUUUUCGGUGGCAUCAUUCCUAUAGAAAAUUUGAGGAACUCAGUUUUAAACUAAAUACCUUAUACCUGCGGACUCCUUAUUAUUGUGUGAUUUUAAUAUUUAAGUAUUUAAAUUGUAAGUGCUCGCGUAAAGUGGUCGUACAUAUUUUUUGAGUAAAUUAAGUUGUCCGUUUUGCCGAGCCCUAUGUUAUGCCCUAAGUUAUCGUCAAUUUUAUAUUUAAGAAUUGUAUAAGUGAUUUAAAGGUAGUGUGGUAACGUUUUUUUAAAAACAUCUAUUGAUUUUUUAGCCAAAAGUAUUAUCCAAUGUUUGACACAAUUAGCGAGCAAUAGAUAUUUUUAAAAUCAAAGUGAGAAUUAGAAUUAAUUUAAGCGAAUGACAGAUAGUGCUUUUGACCCUAAGACUGAUUUUUACAACAAUUUUUAGUAUGUUAGCAUCACGUAACGCCCCCCAAAGAAUCGUCUGCUUUAUAAGAUGUACUCUAACAUAAAAAUGGAAGAUACUGCAUCACUGAGGAAUGAACUUGCUUUUAGUUUAACUCUUGAAGUUUCAAAACCUAAAGAUUUUGUUAAAAUAUGCUGAUGAAAUGUAUGAUUUGUUUUUAAUGUGUGUAGUAGUGCUUGGAUAUACAGUCGGUAGGGUCAGAGUUAAGACACAUUAAUGUGAAUGAUAUUACGGGAUUAUAGCCCUGUUGGUCCUGGCAGUGUUUUUCAAUUAGAAUUUGGUGAAUACUCAGUUAAAUUUGAAUUGGUGCAUUUGGUUUACGCAAUUUUAUUAAUUUCAUUAAGGGACUGUGUUUUAUACCAACUUCGUUCGGGGACAAAAUAUUUAAUAAGCUUACAACAUCGCUUAGUUUUGGAUUCCUUCUUUCGAGGAAGCUUAAAAUAAUGUAAGUAAAUCCCAAACCAUUUAAAAUUUUGGAAAUGAAAUGCUAAAAACGCAACUAACAGUACUUUUUAUUGUCCGCUAUAUAAGGUGUCCUAUUUGCAUGAAAUAGUUUGAUUGCGUUAUAAUAUAAAAAAAUAUAUAUAUAUCCUCAUGUACACAAAUUAUUUUCAAGUCUGAUAGGAGCACGAACUACAGCUACUGUGUUUUUUAAAUAUCACGCCCAAACUUUUUCUUCAUUUGUAAAUGCUGCAUUAAAUUUGCAAUCAUUUCGUUUCUGACUGCUUUUAGACGAACACAUGGGAUCCUCAGCAGAUCGCAAAAUUAAAGCAAUAUGGAUUUUUUGGUUUUUGUCUAUCUCACCAUUUAGCGGCCCCCAAACUUUCAUACUAAUGGAACACCUUGAUAGUGAUAUAAAAUUGUAAACUGCUUUUACACAAGCGAUGAUGUAUGUAAAUGUUUUAGUCUUGCUGAAGCCGAAAAUUAUUAAUAACUGAUUUUAAAAAGUUUGACAAUGUUUUAAUGCAAUGAAUCGGUAAUAGUCAUUUUAGUUUUCUUAUUGUAAACUUAUUAAAGCAGUGUAAGUAAAUUUUAAUAAUGUGAUUAUUGAGGUGUGCCCAAGUGUGUGUAGGUUGAUGAUCAUUGGCUUAAUACAUCAGAUAGGCGAACA